GGCUUCAGGACCCCCCUGAGGCGGAGUCGGCCUGGGGAAUCUCUCGCUGGAGCAGAGCAGUAGUUAUCAGGGAUGCUUCAGACGGCGCUGGACUGCAGGCAGGGAGACGUAAAACUCAGCUCUUCGUGACCUUUUCUGGGAGCAGAAAGCAGCUGGAGAACUAAGUGCUGUUAGUGUCCAGGGAGGUUUCCCACCCAGUUGCCCGAUGUUCCCCACUCCACCCCGCAAAGGAGAGGCUUGGGAGGGUAAAAGAUCACGGAGCUCAAGGUUACGCAGCCCAGACCCCUCAUUUAACUGAGAUCACACCGCUAGCCUGUGGUAGAGCUGGGCUUCUGCACACCCAACCGCAGUCAGAUUCUCCCCUUUCUGAUGACGAGAAGGAAGCGUCGGGGCUGGGACAGCAGGAUCCCCAGACGAUGUGAUACCCUUUUCAUCUGAAGUCCGGCGGUUCCCUCGAUUUGACCACAGUCUGCGACCUUUCUGUGGAAAGACCUUCGAGGGUGAAAGAGAAAUAUUCGCACCCUGUGGGAAAUGGAGAAGGGGCCCUAACCCUUCUGUGGUGCAGAGACCCCAGGAAGCUCCGCCCAGCCCGGGGAGCUGGGACUGAGCUGGGGAGGAAGGAGCUCAUACUGAGAGACAGAGGAAGUCCAAGAGCACAGAGAGGAGCACCCCGGCUCGGGCACAGUUCAGCUGUGCGCGAAGAGAGGAACAGAGUAAGGGAACCCUCCGGCCCCUUUGUAUCUCACCACCACUGAUCAUAUUGAAACAGCCUGGGAUGAACGACACCGGGAACUGUACCUAUGAGGACGAAAGCCAGCUCCAGGACUUGGCCAUGAAAGUGUACAUCAGCAUUUUGCUGGUCCUGGGCAUUGUGUUCAAUGCCUUGGCCUUGUGGGUGUUCUGCUGUCGCAUGAGAAAGAAGUGGAUGGAGACGGUCAUCUACAUGACCAACCUGGCCGUGGCAGACUUCUGCCUGCUCUGCGUCCUGCCCCUCAUGCUCUACUCCCUAAAGUACAGCAGGCAAGAGGACACCGUGCUGUGCCAGAUCUCCCAGAGCAUCUACCUGGUGAACAGCUACAUGAGCAUCAGCAUCAUCGCCAUGAUUGCUGUGGAUCGCUAUGUGGCCAUCAGGUUCCCGAUGCUGGCCAAGAGGCUGCGGUCCCCCGGCUGUUCUGCCAUCAUCUGUGCUGUGCUCUGGGUUUUGGUCAUCAUCUCCAUAGCCAGCCGCCUGGCCUGGCAAGUCAAAGAUGGUGGCUUCUGCUUUUCCAAUGAGAAUAUCUAUGGAUCAAAGACAUUCAUCUUCUCCAUCCUUGGCUUCUUCAUCCCUUUGAUUAUCCUGACCUUCUGUUCAAUCCAGGUGAUUGUGAGCCUGGUGAGGAAGAAGAAGACGGAUGCCCAGGAGAAGAAAGUCAUCCAGAAAGCCAUCUGGAUCAUCAGCGCCAACCUGCUCAUCUUCCUGGUCUGCUUCCUGCCCAUACAUGUGGCCUUGAAUAUCCGGCGCAUUGUGGAACCCAGGACCUGCUCCAGCAUAACCAUGUGGAAGAAUGUCAUUUUUAUAACCUCACGUUUGUCCAAUGCCAACUGUUGCCUGGAUGCGAUCUGCUACUAUUUUGUGGCCAAGGAAUUCCAGGAGGCAUCCGCCAAAAGCAUCUUCGCUUUGCCCAGGUCCUACAAGCUCCAAGACUCAACACAGGCAUCUGUGGCUUAGCGAAUGUACACAUGAGAGCUGCCGUAGCUUCUUGAAUCAUGGUCCCUGCAGUGGGAUGGAGAGGGAGUGGCUGGUCUUAGAAGACCACAUGCUCUGCUGGUGUUUCCUGCCUUACCAUCCAGCAUGCACCCCACCUUGCCCUCAGAGCCCUGUGGCUGGGAUUCAGGAGACCCAGGUUCUAGUCUUAUCACCAGCUUACUGUGUGACCUUGGGCAAACUAUCUGGCUUUCCUGGCCUCUAUUUCCUCAUCUGUGAAAUGGGCAAAUGGGCACGGGAAAAUGCUUUGGAAAGGCAGCCUUGUGUGAUUGGGGGAGGUCUGUCCUAGCUCAGAUAAAAUGCAAGCUUGACAGUGACAUUCCUCCAAGUAAGAAGCUUCACUGGCUCCCCAUCACCUCUUGGAUCAAAUAAACUCUUUGCCAGGGGCUUAGAGUGCUUCACAACAUGGCCACAGCCUCUCUUUCUAGGCUACACAUUCCUCCCUUUCGUAUACAUGCAUUCCAGUCCUACUGUCCUCGUUGCUGCUCCCCAGCCUGUUAUUUAUCUCCCAGCUCUGUGCCUUUGCAUCCGCUGUGCCUGCCAGCAUCUCUGGCUCGGCAGCAGGCCCUUCCUGACGCCCUCCUUGUUAAUGUUCCCCUCCUCCGGUCACUUGGUAUGUAUUUGGUGUCUCACUUGUACUUGACUACUAGCCUGGUACGCGUCCCAGGAGAACCGUGAAAACCAAAGCCGUGGUUGUGGUCUUGGAUCCUCAGUGCCUAGCACCGUGCAUGGCACAUCAUCGGUGGUUAAUAAACACCGGGUGGAUUUUUUGUACAUGUCAUCUCCCCGCCGUCCCCACCCGAAUUGUAAAUGCCUUGGUGGCAGGGGCGAUACGGGAUUCCGUUUCUGUCUAAGCAUCCCCAGUGCUAAGCACAUCCUUCCAGUGUCUUGGCACAUCGUAGGUAUUUAAUAAAUGCUAAUUAAAUGGACUUGAACCAGGA